AUGUGGAUUUUACCUAUAGUCGAAUUUCUUAAGUACAAAAUCGUCGGCAGCGUCAUUGUUCUGACGUGCUUACCUUAUUUCGAUAGAGCUAAAUUAAUAAAAGAUUUCAGUCGUCACGGAUUGAGUGCAACAUGUUCUUGCGAUGCGCAUAUUCUUGAAUACAUUAGUACAAAAAACUCACAAGGAGUCCUUUAUUUUGUAGAGAAUUACAAUAUAUUAAACGAGACUAAAAGUCAUCAUUUUUCUUUAAACUACAAAUGGCUUAUAGUCGGCAACGAAAUUCCAAAUCGACUUCACACAGUCAGGUACGACGCGGAUAUCACUUUGUUCAAUUAUUAUGGAAAUGGUAACAGCGAUCAGGUGGGUUAUUUUCAAGACAUUUAUAUACAUCCCGAAGAAGGAGCAAGUGUUCACCCAUGGGCAUACUGGUCAAACGGAAUAAUAUUAACUCAUGAAGUAGAAAAGAAAUUGCGCAGGAGGAAUUUGAAGAAGUUUCCGAUGAGGAUUGCAACACCGAUCGCGCAAUAUUCAGAAGACUGGUACAAUGGUACAUUUAGACAGUAUUUGGCUGACGAACGUUUAUCUGAGUUGGAUUCUGCGAUCAGAUGCGCGCAUGGUGCUUCUGCGUUGUUGAUAGAGCACCUAAAUGCUACUGAAGUGCUCGUUCCAACAUUACUCUGGAGCACGGUAGUCAGUAACGACAGUAUGAUGGUGGAACUUUAUACAGAAAAGUCGGUAUUGGCCGGCGCCGUACUAAGAAUGAUGCCAUCGAGAUUUGAAAGACUAGACUAUGUGCUACCAAUUUGGCCUUUUAGUGUCGGCUUCACAUAUUUGGCUGAAAGGGAGAGCAGUAGCAACAUGUACGUGGAACCAUUCGCUACCGUCGUCUGGUGGUCGUGUCUGGCAAUCGGUCUAGUCCUAACAGCUGCGCAGUGGCUCACGUCGAGAAGCCAACUGGAGAAGGACGGAGCGUGCAUCACUGUCCUCGCAUCAUGGCUUCAGCAAGACGCCAGCGCUGUUCCGGAAGGCAUUUCAGGACGUUGGACCUUCAUAGUCCUCUCCGUAUCGUCUAUGUUAGUCCACGCUUAUUACACAUCAGCUAUUGUAUCAGCGCUGAUGAGUACCGGCAGAAGUGGACCAGACUCGUUGAGGUCGCUGGCCGAUUCCAGAUAUUCUAUAGCUUCAGAAGAUUAUGAUUAUAUGCGCUAUUUAAUGUUUGAUAUUAAAACUAAUUGGGAGGACUUGGAGUACUUGAAAGAGAAGAAAAUUACGGCGAAAUUCUACCAAGACAUAGAAAAAGGUGUGAAACUCAUUGAAGACGGAAACACUGCCUUUCACGCUGAAUAUAACCAGAUUUAUCCAUAUUUCAAAAGAUUUAGUGAUGACAAUAUCUGUAAAUUGCAACACGUCGAUACUAUCCCUGAAUCAAUCUCAUGGGUGACAACAACAAAAAGAGGACAAUGGACUCACGCGUUACGCUGUUCAUCACGUUGGCUCCACGAGACGGGAUUAUCAAAACGUUUGGUCUCCAAGCUCAGAGUCCGCCGACCAGCCUGCAGAACAUCCCUACUUGCCGAAAGAGUGAAAUUCGGUGACGUUGCUCCACUCCUGUGCCUGACAAUGUCCGGAGCGAUAUUAUCAUUGUUAUUGCUGGGCCUAGAAAUAUUGUACGCUAAAUGGGCCAAAUAG